AUGCACGUUGAAUUCGCCCAACAGCACAUCACAUCAUUAUUCCUAGCCGGUUCGAUACAACAAUCUACUUUGAUCGAAAUCCUUUCGAUCUGCAAUCGUGUCACUUGCCUUUUUCUAGUGCUUUCGACACGAGACUUCUCUAUAGAUGGACCAUCUGCACCUGUGUGGCGUGCCCUAGACGCCCUCCCACUCAAGUCGCUAGUGCUCGCCGUCAACGCGAACUUCACAUCGUCAGCCAGCACAUUAAAUGUGUUCCAAAAUCUGACCCAUCUCGAGAUCAGCGAUGAUCGCAUGCUCGACAGACCGAAUGCAGCAUUAGAGGGCCUUAGUGCGUUGACGCACCUCUGUGUGGCGCUCCUAUUGGGCAGAUCUAAUCCAUUGGCGGUGAUUCGCCUCAUUGGUAAUGCACGCCUACGAUUGCUGGUGUUUCGCGUGAUAGCUUCGCACCGUAGGGUAUGGUUGUUCCUGGACAACCAUGAAAUCUUCGAUCAUCGGAUUGUUUUGUUGCCCAUUACUCUGACAAACUGGGCUCAGCUAGGUCAUGGCGACAUGUUGGUUUGGGAGUUGGCGGAAGAGCUGGUGAAUCUUCCAAUCGAUCAGAAUAAAGGUCAUCGGUGCCUGUCACAGAUACAACUCGUAAACGUGUACGCCGAUUAUAACGACGUUGACAGGGACGAUGAAUAUGAAGGUCAUCGGUGCCUGUCACAGAGACAACUCGAAAAGUUGCACCCCGAGUAUAUCGACGUUGACAUGGACGAUGAAUAG